UGUAGUUUUUUAGUUGACAAACCUAAUCUAGAGAAAAUCAUUAGAAAAUGUUGGUCUAUAGAGUGAGUGCUUUAGUCCUGCUAGUGACUGUCAGUGGAGUGCUUAGUGAAAGCAUUGACAGCAGCGCCGAACAUGACUUGGAACCGGCGGAAACCAUUUUUCUGGGAAAGAAAAUCUUGCUCCUUAAGGCGCUUUUGUCGCAAAAAGGUGGCGCGGGUGGAUUAGGUGGUGGUUUAGGUGGUGCAGGAGAAUUCGGUGGAGUCGGUGGAUUCGGAGGAAUUGGUGGCAAAAUCAACGCAAUCAGCAGUGCUUUCGGAGGAAUUUUGGGAGGUGGUAGCUCUGGAUUUGUAGGUGGUCCUGUACCUGGUCCUGCACCUGGUCCAAUCGGAUAUCCGGCAUAUCCAGCACCCGCACCAGCUCCUUAUGUUGCUGGACCUCCAGCUGGAUUCGCAGGAAGUUCUGGUGCUGGAUUCGCUGGGGCUAGUGCUGGCGCUGGGGCUGGAGCAGGAUUGUCUCAGGGACAAGCUUAUUCCGGAGAUCUAAGAAUCAUCGGCAUUCUGACACCCAUUCAAACGGGCAGUGCAAGUGCUGCCUUCAGUAGUGGAGUAGCUUCUGCUGGCUCUGGAUGCGGUGACUGCCACCCAGGAUAUUAAAAUGCUCAAAUAUCAGUAUCUGAUAUGGAUUAGUUUUAGUUAUCUAUUCAAUUAGCACAAGUUCAUGUACCUUUUACGAAAUAAAAUAAAAAAUAAGACCUGUAACUAUCCGAGUUCUCUCAUAGAUUAAUUGA